AUGUCAAUGGAGCCCCCUCCGCCACCAGCUGCGUCUGGCGACUUUGAUGGUGCUGUUCCUACUGGCGCGCCAAAGGCUGCGCGAAGCGAGAGCUUCUCGUCGCACAAAUCCAACGACUCUCAAACUGCUGCUGAAUUCAUCCGCGAUCAGAUGCAACUGGAAGCCGACGCGCGCGAAGCUCUUCCCUACAGCAUCGAGAACUGCACCAAGAUUCUCGGAUCUCUUCGCCAGAGCGUCUUUGCCUGUUUGACUUGCAACCCGCCGCCUACAAAUCCGAAGGAUGCCUACAAUAGUGCAGGCGUUUGUUAUGCGUGCUCGGUCCAGUGCCACGGCGAACACACCCUUGUUGAGAUCUUCACCAAGAGAAACUUCACAUGCGAUUGCGGCACCAAGCGAUAUCCAUCUACAAGCCCCUGUAGCUUGCGAAUCAACUCCGUCAACAACACCAAGGGCGGCGUUCAUUCGGAGGAACCGGAUGCGAACAACAAGUACAAUCAGAACUUUAGGAAUAGGUUCUGUGCAUGCGAGUGUGAUUAUGACCCAUUCCAGCAAAAGGGCACCAUGUUUCAGUGCUUAGGUUUGGGGACGGCUGAGACUGGUGGCUGUGGCGAAGAUUGGUAUCACCCCGGCUGCUUGGUUGGAUUAGGCCCCAACUGGUUCGAGGGCAUGAAGAGGGAGAAGGAUUCCAAAUCCAAGGAUGAGAUUACAGACGAUGCAGCUUUGCCGACAAUCUCGGAGGAUUCAGAAGCGCGCCCAGCGGAGGCGGCGGGGGCAGUGGGGGCGGCGCCAGCUGCUGUUGGGCCCAAGGAAGAGGAGGAAGACGACGACGACGAUCCGCCAAUGCCACCCGGCUUCCCAGGCGAAGACGACUUCGAUGCGUUCCUCUGCUACAAAUGUGUCAACGCCAAUCCAUGGAUCAAGAAAUACGCCGGUGCCAAGGGGUUCUUGCCCGCAGUUUUCUCAAGUCAGAAGCAGGAAGACGUCUCAAUCUCAGAAGAAACUACCAGGAAGCGUAAGGCGGAUGACGACGGUGCUGAACCGGAGUUUAAGCGACUGAAGGGCGAUUCCGAGCCAUCAGAGGACGGACCUGACAGCAGAGCUACAGAGGCCAAGGAAGAGCCCAAUGAAGCCGUGUCGACUUGCAAGUGGGCAGCACUUCCACCUCCGCCACGCGGAGAGUUCUCGCUCUUCAUGAAAGAGGAUUUCCGUAACAAUUUCUGCCGUUGCUCGUCGUGCUACCGCAACCUGGAUCCCCACCCGCAACUGCUGGAGGAGGAGGAGACGUACGAGCCACCACUUUCAGAUGGCGCAAACUCAGAGCACGGUGGGUCGACCAAUGGUAGCGGCAGCCUUCUUGAGCGUGGUGAGAGUGCUCUACGAAACGUUGACCGCGUUCGUGCAAUCGAGGGUGUCAUGGCGUACAACCACCUCAAGGAGCAGCUGAAGCCAUUCUUCCAACAAUUUGCAGAGAGCGGCCAAGCGAUCGGCGCAGAGGAUAUUAAGUCUUACUUUGCCAAGCUCAGAGGCGACGAGCAGGCCAUCAAGGACGCCGGAGAGGCAGCCAAUGGUCCGAAGGAUGAUGAGGAGGAUGACCAACGUCGGGAGCAGAGUGGAUACUAG